AUGUCUGAGGUCAAGCUUGGCAGCCAAAUAGAAUGGCGGCUGGGGGAUAAAAGUGCUGCAAUAAGCAGUGGAAAGAGUUUACCUCUUGUCUCAUGCCUCAACCAAACUCUCAAGCAACAAUCUUGCAAAUUGGAGUUCAGCGUUCCGAUUAUCGUGGUGGUCAUGUUUUGCAACUUGAGCAAAGUUCUUUGUAUGGCCUUCACCCUUUGGUAUUCAAAAGGAACGAAGCUUGUAACCCUUGGUGACGCAAUUACAAGCUUUUUAGAAACUCCAGAUUCCACGACGAAAGAUUCAUGUCUAAUGUCGAAAGAUGAUGUUCAAAGAGGGAGGUGGACAAGACCAAAAUGUCCAGAAAAGUGGGUUCCUAUCACAGAGAAAACGUUCUAUGCAGCAAAUGCGAGACGCUUCUUUAUUGUGAGCAUUAGGUGAGCCACAGCGAGAAGAUACAGUUCAAUACAAAAGAAUGGAACCGCUGACUGGGGCAGUUUUAUCUUAUUUAUAUGUGCUUGCUUUCUCGCUUCCAUUUUGACGGGGUGGUGGGGGCAAUAUCAGCCCACGAGUUUCGGAAAGGAGUUGGAUUUGGAGAUUCGAUGAGCCAGGCACCUGCGCUUCUUGAUACCAAUGUCAGGAAUGACGAUGCUUGGGGUCUUCUGUUUAACGUACUACUUGCCAACAUACCCCAGUCACUGGUCUCUCUACUCAACCUUUUUUACAACGGUCUCUUGACAAGCUUUCUCCUAGGGGACGAAUGGACGAAUCUCGCACACCGACGACAGCCAUUACGUGUCACCGAGCCAAAAGGAUCGCAGAAAAGUCAGUAUUACCUCACAAUCCCGUAUCAGUAUGGGAUUCCCGCGAUGGUCUUAUCAACCGUUCUCCACUGGCUUGUAGCAGAGUCCUUUUUCCUGGUCAGCAUUACAGCUGUGCAUCAAGGAAUAGAACGCCUGGAAGACUCCAUUUCGUCUCUUGGAUACCCACCUUUAGCGAUAACUCUUGCUGGCAUAAUAUGCUGCAUGAUGCUUGCUCUGAUCGAUCUCAAAGCCCGUCAGCGGUUGAAACAAGCGAGCCCCUUAGCAAGCCACUGCAGUGCUGCCACUAGCGCAGCGUGCCACCCUUCCAGAGACGAGGUCGGCUUGGAGACAAGACCAAUUCAGUGGGGAGUUGUACAGGGUGCUGACCAGAGCAUUGGAAGCUGGAAGAAGCGAGGAAAGAACUUUGGACAUUGUUCACUCAGUGGAGAGUUUGUUUCUCCCCCCACCCCAGGAUACUAUUAUGCUUGA